GCGGAAGUGGCGAGGUCGGCGGCCGAGUGGCGGUCGUGGGAAUCUGCGUGGUGGGACCUGCCGGGGGUCCUUUGCACAUCUCCUCGCACUGCUUCGGGUCGCCAUGAAGGACGCGCUGGUGCUACUGGGCCGUGUCCCGGCACACCCGGACUCGCGCUGUUGGUUCCUGGCCUGGAACCCCGCGGGAACCCUGCUGGCCUCCUGCGGGGGCGACCGCAGAGUCCGCAUCUGGGGCACCGAGGGUGACAACUGGAUCUGCAAGUCUGUCCUUUCUGAAGGCCACCAGCGCACUGUACGGAAGGUGGCCUGGUCUCCCUGUGGCAAUUACCUGGCCUCAGCCAGCUUUGAUGCUACCACUUGCAUUUGGAAGAAGAAUCAGGAUGAUUUUGAGUGUGUGACCACUCUGGAAGGCCAUGAAAAUGAGGUCAAGUCAGUGGCCUGGGCCCCAUCUGGCAACCUCCUUGCUACCUGUAGCCGAGAUAAGAGUGUGUGGGUCUGGGAAGUUGAUGAAGAAGAUGAGUAUGAAUGUGUUAGUGUCCUCAAUUCCCAUACACAGGAUGUCAAGCAUGUGGUCUGGCACCCAAGCCAGGAACUGUUAGCCUCUGCCAGCUAUGAUGACACAGUGAAGCUCUACCGGGAGGAAGAGGAUGACUGGGUAUGCUGUGCUACCCUGGAGGGCCAUGAAUCCACCGUGUGGAGCUUGGCCUUUGACCCCAGUGGCCAGCGUCUGGCAUCUUGCAGUGAUGACCGUACCGUGCGCAUCUGGCGCCAGUAUCUACCAGGCAAUGAGCAAGGGGUGGCAUGCAGCAGCUCUGACCCCAGCUGGAAAUGUAUCUGCACUUUGUCAGGCUUCCACUCCAGGACCAUUUACGACAUCGCUUGGUGUUCGCUGACAGGGGCCCUGGCUACAGCGUGUGGGGACGAUGCCAUCCGAGUGUUUGAGGAGGACCCCGGCUCAGAUCCUCAGCAGCCCACCUUCUCCCUGACGGCCCACUUGCCUCAGGCCCACUCCCAGGACGUCAACUGUGUGGCCUGGAACCCCAAGGAGCAGGGGCUCCUGGCCUCCUGCAGUGAUGAUGGGGAGGUGGCCUUCUGGAAGUAUCAGCGGCCUGAAGGCCUCUGAGCCACCUCGACUUUGGACAGAAUCAUAGUUCCCCCCAAAAUGUCAUAAGACUUUCUAGCCAGAGGACCAGAAGGAGCAGCCUGACCUUCGUUUCCCUUGGCUCUCUCCCGGUCAGACCUGGAUAGAUGUGCAGGGCCACAGAACCACUCACCUUUCCCCUUGUUGCCAUGGGCACUUGGUGAAGAACUGCGGAA